AUGUCAAAUGCCCAACAUAUUCAUCCUUACCUGGUAAAGGCACCUACUUUACCACCUUCUAAUCAACAACCAUAUGACCGCCGCAUAGUCAAUCAGCUUGGUGAUCAAUUGUCAUCUGCGCAUAUACUGCACAACAAUCUGAGAUCAGGAUUAAGACCAACUGCAGGAUCCGCACCAAUACAAGGUCAAGUUCAAAGUCACAGUCAAGGACCUAGGCAGCAACCUAUCAUUCAGCGAGGUCAGUCUCUGACCAACAUUGGCGGUAGCUCAGACCAAAAUAUGCCAAACAAGAAAUCUGUUAAGGAUUAUCAUUUUGGCGCAAGAAUUGGUGAAGGUUCAUAUUCGACUGUCUACUCUGCAGUUGACAAACAACAAGGUCGAACCUAUGCAAUCAAAGUACUUUCCAAAAGACAUAUUGUUAAGGAGAAUAAAAUCAAAUACGUCAACAUUGAAAAAUUGACAUUGCAUCGACUAGGUCAACAACACCCAGGAAUUGUACAAUUAUAUUAUACCUUUCAAGACGAGUCGAGUUUAUUUUUUGUAUUGGACUUUGCGGAAUACGGAGAAUUGUUAUCAAUUAUUCGUAAAUUUGGUUCUCUUUCCGAACAAGUGCUGAAAUUCUACAUGUGUCAAAUUAUUGAUGCUGUCAGCUUCAUCCACCUGAAAAAUAUUAUACACAGAGAUCUCAAACCUGAAAAUAUAUUGGUUGGUCACGAUUUCAAUUUGAAGAUUACGGAUUUUGGUGCAGCAAAACUCCUUGAUGAUGCUCCAGGCGACUCUACAGAAGAAAUCGACUAUCGAUCUUUUGAAGGGGGAAAUGACGCACUGGCAAACUCAGCAACAAAGACACCUGAUAGACUUGGCUCUUUUGUUGGAACGGCAGAGUACGUGCCCCCUGAGUUGUUGAAACUGAAUAUCUGCGGGUUUGAAUCCGACGUCUGGGCUGUGGGCUGCAUGCUCUAUCAAUUUUUUAAUGGCACUCCACCUUUCAAAGGAAACACCGAAUACCUCACUUUUGAGAAAAUUAUUCAGCUAGAUUAUUCUUAUAAAGCAGACAAACCAGUACCAGAAGAUGUGAAAUUCAUUAUAGAUAAUAUCUUGAUUGAAAAUCCUAGUCAAAGAUUAACACUCCCUGCAAUCAUGUCAGCUAAAUGGUUUCACGGAGUGAACUGGACAGAUAAGGCAUACAUUUGGCAACGAAAAGUUCCCAAAUUUGAAAGUUAUGCAGUUUCUCAAUCUAAGCCACUACAGACAAAUCCAUUUGCGUUGAAAAAUGGGACCAAUCGGAAAGCAAAUAAAUCAAGCUCUUACCAACAGCUACAAUCGCAAAUGCAUAGCUCUGAUUUAGGUUUUUUGCCAGACCUCAGUCCAAAAAAGAACUAUAAUACAGGUGCUCAAAAUUAUCCUGCAAGCAAGCAGAAUGUUAUGAUGGAAGAUCGUUCAAAAGCUUCUUUGCCAAUACCACAACCAAUGAAGACUGAUGGAAGAGUUCAGCUAUAUGCCCAGCAGAAUCAAGGAGGAAUUCCUCAAGUUAGACAAGCUGCCCCUUCAAACACAGAGUACAAAGUUCCUGGCGUCAACCCCAAUGCAAAUUCGUCCGCAACUAACUACAACACUAACUACAACGCUAACUACAACGCUAACUAUAACGCUAACUAUAAUCCUAAUAUUAGUGCUGGUUACAAUGUAAGUUCUAAUAUUAAUUCCAAUUUCAAUACCAACAUUAAUUCAAAGGCCAACUCCAAUACUAAAGAUAUUAAAACAAAUGCUAAUUUGAAUACUAAUUUGAAUGCUAAUACUGGAAAUACUAUUGGAAAUACAAACACAAAUUUUAGUAAUAACGCAACUUCACAUUCCAAUGCAAAUUCAAAUGCCAUCACUAACAUGGGGUUGUCUAUACAUAACAAUUCUCAAAGUAAUUCUGUGCAAUCUCAUACUGCUCAAAAAUCGCCAGGCAAUAUUUUGGCUUCUGUUGCUCUACAAAACCAACAGAGCAAGAAGCCAAAUAUUCCAUCAUCGCCGAAGAGCCAAGGUAAUGUGCCACAAGCUACUCAAGUUUCUCAAAGUCGUCAAGGUCCUCAAGGCUCUCGAUCCCAUAUUCCGGUUUUUCUGCAAAACAGAGCGACGGCGCCAUCAACACAACAAGGGGCGUCGACUCCUCAAUUGCAUCCUAAAAAUACGGUCACCAAUUCCUCGCAGCAAAGACCUCUGGUUCCAAACACAAUAUCAUCGUCCUCGUCAUGGGCAUCAUCAUCAUCAUCACAAAGAAAAGAGACACCUUCAAACCAACAUGCAGGACAAAGACCGUCACCAUCUUUCACAAAUUCAAAAUCGUCUGUUCCUCCCUCAAGUCCUAGGCCAUCAGUGCCAUCUUCUAAUGCAAGACCUUCGCUUCCUUCUCUGAAGUCACAGACAUCAGGUGGUACUAUUACCAAAAAUCUAUCAUCAAAUAUAAGUACAUCUGCACCAACAAAACCGGUGCCACAAAGUGCUGCUGCGGCUGCAGCUUUUGCAAAUAAGUCUCGUGGCCAGACAAAACCUUUGCAUCCUGAAAUUACCACUAUUCCCAAAAGUUAUCUGAUUCAGUUUCGAGAAAUCUCAGGGUUGUUAAAUCCCAAUGAGAAGAUUUUGAAAAUGGAUUCACUAUACAUGGUUCGACUUGAAAAGUCAUUAGUUGGUUUGAACUACAACACAUUGGACGAUAUGCUUUUAGAAAAAAUCAUUGCCAGAAAUGGUGAUUAUUUGAAGAAAAAGGCCACAACUGUAUUGACAGUCAUCACAAAUAUGGCACGUAUUUUUUUCAUUAAUAACAAUUUGGAUGCAAUGCUCGUUGACUUAAAGGCAAAUAAAGGAAAAGAUUGUUUAAUGUAUGACUAUGAAUUUGAAGGAGAUGACGAUGAUGAUGAACAAGAACAGGUAAACAGUGGAAAUUAUCUAGGUAAACGUAAAGAGACGUCAGUGGAAGAGUUGGGGUAUUUGAUUAUAGAAUUGGUGAGGGAAAAUGGCGACCUUAUAUUUCUUAAACAGAGUCAAACACCAAAAAGUAAACAAAUGGCUAAAGAAUUAAAAGUGUUGGAUAAGCAUGGGAACGAAGUACUCAUUGGUGCUGAUCAUGGAUGGAUAGAUUGUUUGUUGAUUGCAAGGGAAACGUCUUUCAGUUCAGAGGCAACAUCUACGUCAGCGUCAUCAACGUCAUCAACGUCGUCAUCAACAACACCAGCAACAAGAUCACCAACAACGACAUCAGGGGUGCCUUCCAGAAGUAACAAACCCAAAGUAACAAAUUCUAAACAGACAAAAUCCACUUCAAUUGUUGAUAAACAAACCGUAAGUAAUCCAAAUGGCACCCGGAAGGAUGCUGCUAAAAGAAAAGUUGCAGACACUAGAAGUUUGCGGAGUAAGAACUCGCCAAACUUAUCCAAUUCCCCAAGCUCUUUCAAUGCUAAUGCUUCGAAAUUUGCCAGUGCAGCAGCUGCAGCAGUUCAUCAUAAAUAG